GUCUGACAUCACUGUGGUUGCCAUGGUGCCUGGUUCUAGGGGACCUGAGCAGGCUGUACACACAGCUAGGGAUAAACAGGGACUUCAGCCCAAGCUGCUGCCACUUCCUUCCUGCCACCACCUGUUAACAGUCACACGAAGCAACUGGGGAUGGGGAGAUGAUGACAAUGGCGGGGGACGAGCCCACAAACGGAAGGCUGAACAGCCGUGGCUCUGUGGAUACCUAUGAUGCAUGCCAGGGUGUCCUGUUGGACUUCGUAUGGGGAAGUCAUUGCAGCCAUUCUCCUAACUGCCUGUGGGAUGGGUGAUGAGUCUGGGGGGAUGGUAAUUGAGAAAGACCUGUCCAAGACUUGGAUCUUGACUGGCCGGAGCCACACGCAGGACUUGAAAACAGCUCAAACAGAAGGGGAUAAUGUGAUUGGUUUUAAAGGUGGCAGCCACAGCAGCCUCAGAGACUUCAGCAACUAUGGCCUCCUGCCCAGACUCUGAUAAUAGCUGGGUGCUUGCUGGCUCCGAGAGCCUGCCUGUGGAGACGCUCGGCCCAGCCUCCAGGAGGGACCCAGAACCCGAGCGAGCCCUGCAGGCCCCUCGCAGCCCCUCCAAAGCAGAUGGGGAAGAAUUAGCUGGAACCGUGGAUGGCGAAGGGAUGCUCUUCCAGACUGAAAGCCCUCAGUCUGGCACUGUUCUGAUAGAGGAGACUGAGGUCAAGGACACCCUGGAAGGUGAUGUUUGUGGUGUGGAGCCUCCUGGCCCAGGAGACACAGCAGACCAGGGAGACUUGCAGGAGACCUCCGUGGUAACAGGUCUGGGACCAGACACACAGGACCAGGAUGGCCAGAGUCUGCCACAGAGCCUGCCUUCAACCCCCAAAGCGGCUUGGAUCAGGGAGGAGGGCCGCUGCUCCAGCAGUGAGGAUGACACAGACAUGGACGUGGAGGGUCUGCGGAGACGGCGGGGCCGGGAGGCUGGCCCAGGUCAGCCCGUGGAGUCCCUGGCUGUGGAGAACCAGGCUGGGGGUGAGGGUGCAGGCGGGGAGCUGGGCAUCUCCCUCAACAUGUGCCUCCUCGGGGCCCUGGUUCUGCUGGGCCUGGGGGUCCUCCUCUUUUCAGGGCCCGUGGAGGAAGGGGAGCAGGUCCUUCCGGACACUGGGUCGGAUCCUGAGCUGCUGGAUGCUGUGGGGGACAGGCAGGAUGGGCUAAGGGAAGAGCUGCAGGCCUCAGUGCCUCCUGACAGUGUCCCCAGCCUGCAAAACAUGGGUCUUCUGCUGGACAAGCUGGCCAAGGAGAACCAGGACAUCCGGCUGCUGCAGGCCCAGCUGCAGGCCCAGAAGGAAGAGCUUCAGCGCCUGAUGCACCAGCCCAAAGGGCUAGAGGAGGAGAAUACCCGGCUCCGGGGGGCUCUGCAGCAGGGCAAAACCUUCCAGCAGGCUCUGGAGUCAGAGCUGCAGCAGCUGCGGGCCCGGCUCCAGGGCCUGGAGGCUGACUGUGUCCGGGGCACAGAUGGGGUGUGCCUCAGUUGGGGUAGAGGCCCGCAGGGUGACAAGGCCAUCAAGGAGCAAGGCCCCAGGGAGCAGGAGGCAGAACUCAGCUUCCUGAAGCAGAAGGAACAGCUGGAGGCUGAGGCACAGGCAUUAAGGCAAGAGCUGGAGAGGCAGCGGCAGCUGCUGGGCUCUGUCCAGCAAGAUCUGGAGAGGAGCUUACAGGAUGCCGGCCGCGGGGGCCCAGCUCACGCUGACUUGGCUGAGCUGGGCCACAGAUUGGCCCAGAAACUGCAGGGCUUGGGGAACUGGAGCCAGGACCCUGGGGUCUCUGCCAAUGCCUCAGAGGCCUGGCAUCAGAAGUCCCACUUCCAGAAUUCCAGGGAGUGGAGUGGAAAGGAAAAGUGGGAUGGGCAGAGGGGCCGGAAGGCUGAGCACUGGAAGCCUGAGAAGGAAGAAUCUGGCCGGGAACGGAAGAAGAAUUGGGGAGUUCAGGAGGACAGGGAGCUGGCAGGAAGGUGGAAGGAGGGCAGGCCAGGGGCGGAGGAGUGGGGAAGCAAGAAGGAGGGCAAGCGACAGGGCCCUAAGGAACCCCCAAGGAAAAGUGGUAGCUUCCGCUCCUCUGGAGAAAAGCAGAAGCAACGUCGGUGGAGGGAAGGGGCUAAGGACAGCCAUGACCCUCUGCCAUCCUGGGGAGAGCUGUUGAGACCCAAGUACCGGGCGCCCCAGGGCUGUUCAGGUGUGGACGAGUGUGCCCGGCAGGAGGGCCUGACUUUCUUCGGCGCAGAGCUAGCCCCAGUGCGGCAACAGGAGCUGGCGUCUCUGCUGAGAACGUACCUGGCACGGCUGCCCUGGGCUGGGCGGCUGACCACAGAGCUGCCCCUUUCACCUGCUUUCUUUGGCGAGGAUGGCAUCUUCCGUCAUGACCGCCUCCGCUUCCGGGAUUUUGUGGAUGCCCUGGAGGACAGCUUGGAGGAGGUGGCUGUGCAACAGACAGGUGAUGAUGACGAAGUAGAUGACUUUGAGGACUUCAUCUUCAGCCACUUCUUUGGAGACAAAGCACUGAAGAAAAGGUCAGGGAAGAAGGACAAGCACUCGCAGAGCUCAAGAGUUGUGGGGCCCAGGGAGGAGCACAGCCACCACCAUCGGGGCUGACGCCUUACCCCUUGGGGAAUGGCCUUGGCCUGGGUCCAGCCCAAGAUCCCAGCGUUAUCUAACUCCUGGAGGCUGCACUUUGUCCUGGCUUGUUUGGUGUCCUUGGAUAUCCUUCACAGAAUAGAGCAAAAUCACCAGCCCUGCACUGAUGCCACUUUCGCUAGAAAAAGGCCUUAGCUGGACCUGCUAUCUAUGCAAAUGUAUGCAAAUACUCCAGGCCCUGGGAUGUGGGCUUGUGUUUUGCCAAUGUGAAGGGGGAGAUGGGCGAGGAGGCUGUUUUGGGGUGGGGUGGGGGGAAGGCAAAAUACUGUGAUUCUGAAGCCAAAGAGCUUUUAUCCUCUUGCAUGUAUGUCCGCAGAGUGGGCCCCUUUGUUUCCACAUGCUGACUGGCGCCCCUGGGAUUUGACUAGAGUUGCUGGCUGGAGGCCCAGCACGAGGACUUUCCCUGGGGUUUUGUUAGGUUUGGAGGCAACUGUCUCCAGGGGUGAAGUCCCCCUUUUUCACCCCUGCUUCUCCGGUGGCCUCACCUCCUGAUAUGAACUGUAGGCUCAGAUUCCAAUAAAGUGCUGUUGCAGCUGU